GAUUCAUUUCCAGAAAAUCAUGUGUCAUCAUUGGCAUGGACAUGAUGUCCGUCUACAUAUCCAUCAGUCAGCCAUCAGUGAUCCCAUCAGUCUGUCUGUCUACCUACCUGCCCAUCCUUGUUUCCUCUGUUGGUCCAUCUGUGUACCUAUCCAUCAUCUAACUACUGCUGUCAUCUGUCACCCUGUUUAACAGCACAGUAAGGACCCAUGCAGUAUCUUCCAAAGCAAUGGCAAGACCUCUCGACAGCCUGAUGAAGUCCUCCGAUAUCGAUCAGGAUUUAUUUACAGACAGUUACUGCAAGGUGUGCAGUGCGCAACUGAUCUCGGAGUCUCAGCGCGUGGCCCACUAUGAGAGCCGAAAACAUGCCAGCAAAGUCCGACUGUACUACAUGCUUCACCCCAGGGACGGGGGCUGUCCUGCCAAGCGGCUCCGCUCGGAGAACGGAAGUGACGCCGAUCUGGUGGAUAAAAACAAAUGCUGCACUCUCUGUAACAUGUCCUUUACCUCUGCCGUGGUGGCCGACUCGCAUUAUCAAGGCAAAAUCCACGCCAAAAGGUUAAAACUGUUGCUAGGAGAGAAAACCCCAUUAAAGACUACAGCCACACCCCUGAGCUCCCUGAAGCCCCCGCGGGUGGACACUGCUCCAGUGGUCGCAUCUCCCUAUCAAAGAAGAGAUUCAGACAGAUACUGUGGGCUUUGUGCAGCCUGGUUUAAUAACCCUCUCAUGGCCCAGCAGCACUACGAUGGCAAGAAACACAAAAAGAAUGCAGCCCGGGUGGCUUUGUUAGAGCAGCUUGGGACAACCCUGGAUAUGGGAGAACUAAGAGGUCUGAGGCGCAACUACAGAUGUACCAUCUGCAGUGUCUCUCUAAACUCCAUAGAGCAGUACCAUGCCCAUCUGAAGGGGUCGAAGCAUCAGACCAACCUGAAGAAUAAAUAGUGGAAACGCCAAUCAAGAGACAGACGGGGAUGCCAGCAUUCUCUGCCGUGGAGAACUGCUAUCAGCCGCCGGAGGAGGAUUCUUCCUGGGACAAUGAACACUUCUUACCGGGAUUCCCAGACUAACAUAACUGGUCUUGACUUUUGGAAAGUGAAAUUUUUGGUUUCUUUUCCUUCUUCUUUUUAUUUAUUUAUUUGGAAUUUCGUGGUAAGUUAUGACAUUUGGAUGGGUUUUUUAUGCUUUCCUGAUAGCAUAUUUAGCACAUAUUCUCCAUUAUAAUCCUAUAGCAAACAGUCGGAGCAUUAUUCAAACUUGAUGGGAACAUUUCCAUUUCCAAUUUAUUCUAGAUGUCUUCAGAGUACAAUCUAUUAAAUCCUUGAUGACAAUAAUGUAAACUUCCUCUGUCCAGAAAUAAACAUUCUUUUUUCUUUCCCCAUGAACUUGAACAUGACUCGGACAACGUGCCCUGCACCAGAACAAAUCACUAUUAGUGGGAGAUAAACAAUGGACAAAUCUCAGUCCUUUGCCUUCCAAAGGGAUUGCUCUCUGAACACGGAGGAUGGAGAAGAAUACGCAUCCAUUUUUUUUCUAAUCAUUCAAAGAACAGAUUUUCAAGGUUAAGCCAAGUUCUCUUCACAAGCCGCCAAAUCAUAGCUUAGGAAAAGAAUUAGUUUGCUUGCAUGAUGAUCCUCAGGCAAAAUGUCUUAGCAGCAGCUGACCUUGGGGAGAUGUUUUCCUAAAGGCGUUUAAAAGAAGAGUGAUAGGCUGCAGAAAGAGGCGGAAAGAAAUGGAUAUUUCUUGCAAGGGCUGCCAAUGGUCAGCUCUAACUUGGGGUGCUGACGAGGUGGGAAGGAACGAGUGAAAUGGGAAGUCCCGUUGCUGACCCGAGAUCCAGCCCCCUCGGAAGGAACAGCUCUGGACAGCAGGAAAGACUGCAAAAUCAUCCCUGUGUGACGGCGCAGGGCGGCCAGCCAUGACAGAGCUCUUUCUCCUCCGAGGUGACCGCACGUGCUGUCCCGCGUGCUGGUGGCUGCCAGGCAGGUCCGCGAGCUCCCGCUGGGCUCUGCCCAGGGCUGCCCUGCACCUGUGCCUUGUGGGCCACAGGCACUUGUUCUCUUGCUGUCAAGGAUGUCCUGGACGUCUCUUGGCUUUCACAGCCCAGUGAGCAAUAAAUGAAAUGACACAGAAGUGCACAGCGUUGUUAUUAAGGUGCCUGUUUUUCCGUGUUGGAACGUCGGCGCCUUUUAUCCCAGAAGGAUGUGUUGGGGAGGGCCCGGGGCUGCCGGGUGUCUGCCUGCAGGGGGAGGCCACCACCCCAGCCAGAAGGGCUUGAUGGCGAGGGAUCUGCUGUCUGGCACUAGCUUUUCUCCGAUCGUGUAGAAUAAAGCUUUUAUUUGUCAAUCUGCUGUAAAAUAAGCAUUUUUUUUAAAAAAAAAACCUGUUUCUGUUUUGUUUAGUGAGUGAGCUCAUGCCCUCUGGGUGUUGUGUGUUUUCAUUUUAAUAACCUGAUAUAGAAAAGUUGUGAACAUAGGUUUUUUUGCUUUCUUGUAGGGCUGUGGCAAAAACCCUUUUCAGAUAAGUUUCCAGCUUGUGAUCAUCGCUGAUUUCAGAGUUCCUCAUGCCAUCACCAUCACACCCUUAACAGCCAGGCGAGGGGAAGCGAAUGCCCUGAUGCAGGUUUUGGUCCCUUGUUGGUUUUCAGAUUUCUUUAUUUUAUUUUAUUUUUUUUGACAGGCAGAGUGGACAGUGAGAGAGAGACAGAGAGAAAGGUCUUCCUUUGCCGUUGGUUCACCCUCCAAUGGCCGCCACGGCCGGCGCACCACGCUGAUCUGAUGGCAGGAGCCAGGUGCUUCUCCUGGUCUCCCAUGGGCAGAUAAGGGACUUUGUCAUCCCUCUAUACCGAGCUGAGCGUUGUGUGGGAGGCACUGGGGGCAUCCGUGAACUGGGACAUAGCUGCUUGUCGCUGUUCUCUUGGGUCGGUUUGGUACGGUUCCAUUUGUUUAAGGAAACUGUAGCUGAUUUCCAGGUGGAAAUAUUUCUGAGUGGUAGGAAGUGGGACGGUCAAGUCCAUCUUGUCAAGGGAUCACAUUAACUCUGAUAGGGAAGUGGUGAGAUGCGUGGAGACCGGCUGUGGCUUCGGCCCAUGGUGAGGCUUCCUCCCCCUUGGAUCUGCACAGGUGGCAGAGCCGCUGGAUGCCAGUAGCAGUUCCUGGAGAGAUGAGAGCCCAAGUCCAGGGGAUUCUGCAGCAGCUCCUUUCCAGGGAAGUAUGCAAGAGCCUGAUCUGUUGGAGAGUGAAAAUACCCCCCCCCCCAGAUUAUCAAUACUUCAAGCCCCUCUACAGCCCCAGAGUACAAGGGUACUUCAGAGUUGAUGGAAUCAAAUUAACAGUAAGUUUGUUUCCAUGCAAAAAAAAAAAAAAAAUUGAAAUCCAUGAUUAUGAGGCAUCUUCAAAAAGUUCGUGGAAAAUGCACGUUAUGCAAAAACUAUGCAUGGAUUUCAAAAUUUCUGCACCACGACCACUUAACCUUUUCAUUCCAUCUUCCCUGAACUUUUUGAAGUGACUCCUACUCAUAGUAAUGGUAACGGCAUCAAACCCAGCACGGCCCAGUUGAGAUUUGUGCUGCAGGGCGGGGGAACAGCAAUGAUGGAGAGUAGCCGUAAAGACACACGUGGUGGACUCCCUGGAUCCUGAGUGACAGCUCUCGUACUUAAAAGGAUGGCUGUCACGUGCUUGAAGCAGUCCGUUUUCCAAGAGACGCAUCAUUCCUGCAGUGUUGCCCAGGCAGGUCAUUCCUCCUCAAUACAGAGAUGAGCUUCGGCAUAGCACCCGUGCUGGUGACCAGAGAGGCUGCGGGGUGCAUUGUGUGCAGCCCAGGAAACCACGUGUCGCAUUUGUGAAGCAAUCUCCCAAGUAGAGAAUGCUACAACGAUUCCAUUUGCAGAUAAAAUUGCCGGUAAAACUCUCUCCUCCCAUGGCUCGACCACAGAGACCAAUGUGAGGGUUUGCUUGUCGUUUGCCUGCUCCAUGAAGCACAAACGUCGAGCAGAACUGCCACGGUCUUUGCAGCUUCCUAGGGGACGUGAGUGUGUCAGGCCAACCAGAUCAAAACAAAACACAGGAGACACUUGACAGGCGCGGAUAACACUCUGGAGGGAAAUUUGCGCUGGGGACCUGGGGUGUCCACAAGGGCUCAUGUCCCUUCCUAACCUAACCUCCUGAGGGAGAUCAGUGUGAACAGAGAACAUGGGGACCCCAAUAAGGCACAAAGCUCAUAUGAACUUCUAGGUAAUUACCAAAAGCCCGCAUUUCACCUUCCACCCCAGCUAAAGCCAUCAUUCAUUUGACCGACUUGUGUAAGAAAUUGAUUACUUUUCUUUUAAGCCCACCCUAAGAAAGGUCCAACCAGCAUAUUGUUGUGGGGACAGAUCUUUUUAUUUUUCUGGUUCUUACCUAAUUUAUGCAUCCUAAAGGCAUGCUCAACUACCUCAUAUGUCUGUGAUGUGGAUUAGCUAAUUAAUAAAUAUUAUUAAGUGCUUAAAAAUGGACAAGGAACUCUUUCUCUGUCGAUGUUGCCUUCAUUUGCUUCCUAGCUUGUGAACUCAACCAUCUGUAUUAUUCCAUUGGGAUACUUGUGUUUUGAAACUUGGCUUUCGAUUUAUGCGAAAGAUCUUGACAUGACGUGAAAUUCUGAGAGUCCCAGCACAGACCGAGAACAUCGACCCAUGGCUGGCAAAUGGAGGAAAACACACAGCAUCUAGAAGCAGACCAGAAAUACUUGUAAACAGACGUUUCCCAACGUGGAAGUCACCGGGACUUAUAAAGAGUGUGUGAAGUGGUUUGAUGCUGGAACGGCUCAAAUGCCAGUUUGCCAACAAUUUAUGUGCAAAACAUUGCAGUGUAUUUAAGCUUAUGCCUUCGUGAUAUGGUAGCCCUUGCUUUCUCAGCAUUUUCAGAUAAAGAUAAGGGACAUCACAGCUGGCUUGCCUGCUUCUCCACUUCUGCCUGGCAGCUGUGAGAUGAACAUUGCCUUGAGAGGGUCUCUAUAGAGAAGUUAUCGGACACUUGUCAUGUCUUUGCUUUGUUUUCGUUUCAAGGAUAUAGCCUGAAGAGAAAAGGAUGGAAUUAAUACCUAAUCAUUUCUUGCUAACACCAUCCUAAGAUUCUAUGGUGACUAAUUAAAGCAGAUAAUUUCACUACUGGCCCUACUGGCUGUAUGUUACUGCUGUCCCGAUGCCCUGUGAUCCAUUAUUCUUUCAUCACUGUUCUGAGUAGCUGGUUUAUAUGUUAAUUUCGAUUCCUUGACUUGAUUAGUAAUACAUUCCUACCUUUAAAAGCCACUUUCUCUAAUUUUCAAAUUGUAAAAGAGUAGAAAAAUUGAAAUCUGAUUUUACCUCCUGGCUCUCCGACUAUUGCUGUCAGCUUAGCUUGUUUCUAAAGAACAGGUGCACUCUGUCACACGCAAGCUGUCACGUCCAGUGUGGUUGUGUGAAGUCCAGGCUGGGGCUUCCUCCCCCUCUUAGGUAAUCACUAGGAUCAUGGAGGUUCAACUUCAGAGUUGAGGGAGUGUAUAAGGCCAUAUGUUUGGCUACUGAACUGAAUGUUUUUUUAACUAAAGAAAAUUGUGAAAUUGCUCCACAUAACACAUGGCUUCUGCUCUUGCUUGUUUGCUUACAACUCACUUCUGAAACAUUUCCGCCCACUUGCUACUUGAAUGUGUGCUCUACAAAUGAUUGAAUGUCUGACCAUAGGCCCACUGUCAGUGAGUGAGCAUCGUAAAGUGACCUCAUGCUUGAGAGCUCAGUGGCCCCAGGUCAUAGUGUCAGACCAGGUUUUGGAUUGGAUAUUCUCCUAUUUCUUAAAAUCGUCUUCAUAGUUGGAUAAGGCGUUAAUCAGGGCCACACCAUUAGAAUACUGAUGAUUUUAUUGUUGAUUGACCCAGGAGUUGCCAUGUAGUAGUAAGAGUUCCAAGGAAAUUGCUAAUACUGCAUAUGUGUCAGCAAAGCAGUAGGAAUACUUUCCUGUUUUGCCAAAAAUACAACCUCUUUGGUUGAAUCCAAGAACAUUGGAGUGAAAGGCGAGCUUUUGUGAGGAAGGCAAACAACCACAGUUCCUAUCCGAGGCAGAGCUGUCAGAGCCCCAGGACCACACAACAGAGACACACGUCUUACCUUCUAGGCUCUCCUAGCUCACCGCAGAGCAUCAGGAGGCUGAAAUUCUUCCCUUGUUCUUGUGAGUUAGCUCUUGUCACUUGUUAGGUCCACUUUGUAGCUGUCAUGUUGACUGAGUGUAAUGACCACAAAUCCAGCAUUUGGGAGUGUCUAUUUUUUUCCCUUCUUCCUGCCAUUCCUUUGCUUAACAAGAGCGCAACGCUAUCCAACAAGUGACUAUUGAUUAGAGGAUGUCUUCAGUAUAGUGAGAAUAUUUAUCAUGUUGGAGUCCUACUUCCAUUGAAAGUCAACAAAUGCCCACUUUUGAUGAGGGGUGUGUGUGUGUGCGUGUGUGAUUUAUUUAUUUGAAAUAGAAUACAAGAGAGGGAGAGACUAGAGAGAGAGAUAUCUUCCAUCCACUGGUUCACUCCCCAGAUAACUAAAACAUCGAGGACUGAAUCAGGCUGAAUCCAGGAGCCAGGAGCUCCAUCUGGGUCUCCCACAUGGGUGACAGGUGCCCAAGCACUUGGGCCAUCCUCCCUCUGCUUUUCCCAGGCUCAUUAGCAGGGAGCAGGAUUGGAAGUGGAGCAGCGAAGACACCAACCAGCACUCGUAUGUGAUGCUGGCAUCGCAGGCAGUGGCGUUACCCACUAUGCCACAAUGCCAACCCCUAGGUGUAUGUUUAAAGACUUUUCUUCAUUACCUUCUUCUUGAUUACCUAAUUUAAGGCCCAUUACAACCCCACCUCCUACCUCAUUAUAUAAGCUGCCCUCUCUUGGUGUCCUUUAGGUGUAGCCUGUUUAAUUGUGAUGGAAGCUAACUGAGCACCCUGGAAAAGCUUCCCAAGGCGGGGGCAUGUAAUAAAAUGAUCAUCCCUGGGGACUUGCACCAGCAUCUUUGAUUCCCAUCUUCCCAGAUGAACGGUGGUCCUUUCUCUGUGGACUGGGAACCACUCCUUAUCCAUUUUGCUAGAGUAACCCAUGUUGUAGUUAUUUCAGUUCUCCUCCUUGGGCAUAGUACAAAAAACACGUACAGUUCCUACUUUCAGGUGCUAUCUGAUAUUAUCUGACUUAUGGCUGGGACUAGAAGAGAGAACACAUUUUCUUUCCUUUCACCAAAAUUCUUUAGAGAAUAGAGAUGGGUACCUCUAAGAGGGGCAAAAGCACAACCAAAAUCUCUCUCUUUUUUUGCAAACUGUACUGAUCCAGUUAAUAAUAUGUCAGCAAGGGAUUGUGCAUAUGAAGUUUGCCAUGCAUGCCUGUAUUAAUUCAAUAACUAUUUAUUAAAAUUCUAGACAAAGGAUAUGCUGUAGGAAGAAUGAUACCACAUUGGGAAAGCAUGGACUCAGAAUAUAGUUUUGCCAUUUAUUCACUUCAUGGUCUUGGGAAAAUGAGGUAAUUUUUCUGAGGUUCUGUUACUCACUAUUUAAAGCAGGGCUAAAAGAAUUUCUCCUUAUAGGGUUCCUAAUAAACGAACCCCAUGCAUUUCCUCUUCUCCUGUCUUCUCAACCAUCCAACGAGGCAAUAGGGGAGACCCCCAAGGCCGUCUUUCCGGCUCCUUCAUCUCAAUCCUUGUUUCCAACUAUGUGUGCUGACAUAGGACCUCCUGCGGGAGAGGGUCACUGCUGCUCCAACUUCCGCAGGGAGUGGCUUUCCACUGGAGCAGAACCCUGUGACCCAGACGCUGUUCGUGUGCAUAGCUGAGCGCCACCUUCCUGGCUCGCUUCCUCUGCACCCUGCCCCACCCUGCCUCUCUGCCAGCCCCCACCCACCCCGCUGCUUGCCAGUUGGCCUUUGGUUAGUGCUAGGACCUCACACUUGCCUGUGGCUGAAGGAGGGACCUCCUGGCUUGCGUCUCAGAGCAGCCAAUGGGAAGAGCUCCUGGUUGGUUUUGCUCCAGCACCAAGGGAAAAGACAGGUCCUCAGCAGGCGUCCAGGGCAGAGCAGGGGCGACCCACGUGAUCGUAUGGUAUCCGGAGGUAGCUUGCACGUGUGCAAGCCCAGAGACACGACCGUGUAUGGCCAUGACCUUUAUUUGCGCCCUUUCUCAUGCUCCUGGCUCCACACAGGGUGAAAAGCACAGCUGUGCCUUAUCCCUUUGUUCUUUUUCUCUCAUGAUAGGAGCUAUUUAACUGUAAAAAUGCAGCAGGAUUGAUGACUGCCAGUCUGCUGGAGUGGCAGCAAACGCCGGGCAGACAUUGCUGAGUCAUACACUUGCGGAGGUUGGGCUAACGCACUCCAUAAAUCAGCGAGCUCUGCGUGGAGCCCGGGCUGGCCACAGGGGCACACAAAGCUCUGAGAACCCCCUUUCCAAACAUGCCUGCCCCUCGCCAACACCCCAGUGUUUCUUUUUCCACUCACUGGUCAGCCUUCUCUCUGUUCACACAUCUGCCCUAUGGUUCAAGGUGUUUCCCACAUGAUGGGUGCCACAGGAAAAGGCAAAGCCAGAACGCUCACCCUGCGGGGCUGGGGCCAGCUCCUGCUGAGAGCACCCUAGGUGUAGGAGGGCCCUGGGCCAAUGGGAGCCGUGCGUGGCAACAACUGAGGACGCGCAAGGGAUGCUGGCUUUCUAUCUAGCACCAGUGCCCCUGAGCUUUCCAGACUGCUAGGCACUCAGACCUCUCCCUGACAGCUCUCACCGUGUGUCUGGCAUGUCAGCCACUUCACCCACAGCCCUGUGCAUCCGUCGCCACUGCUGGAACUCUGUGCUUGUGUGUAGUCCUGUUGCUCUCACUGGCUCCUGCAGGCUUGGUGAUGUGACCUCCCUGGCAGGAGUGCACCCUGCCCUCUUGUUACCUUCUUCUGCUGGGACUGUUCCCAACUUCUGUGGGUGGGAGAGUAGAGGAAACAAGGGCAUGACUCGGGCUGGUGCUGUGGCGUAGCUGGUAAAGCUGCCGCCUGCAGUGCUGGCAUCCCAUGUGGGCGCCGGUUCGAAUCUUGGCUGCUCCACUUCCGAUCCAGCUCUCUGCUGUGGCCUGGGAAAGCAGUGGAAGAUGGUCCAAAUGCUUGGGCCCCUGCACCUGCGUGGGAGACCCAGAAGAAGUUCCUGGCUCCUGACUGCGGAUCGGUGCAGCUCCAGCCAUUCUGGCCAACUGGGGAGUGAACCAGCAGAUGGAAGACCUCCCUCCCUCUCUCUCUCUCUCUCUCUCUCUCUCUGCCUCUCCUCUCUCUGUGUAACUCUGACUUUCAAAUAAAUAAAUAAAUCUUGGAAAAAAAAUCAAGGAAGGGCAUGACUCUAUAGGUGGUCUGCACACAUGAAAAAGAAGAAUUCAACUUCACGGUUUAAAAAAAACUGAAGUGAUCAGAGAAAUAAUGGUAGCUGUAGUUUGAGACUGUGUCUGGGGACUGUGGACAACCAGAUGUGAGAUGAAACUUAGGGGGUUGGGGUUUUUUCUUAAAAGGUUUAUUUUUUUGUUUAUUUGAAAAGGAGAGUGAGCCAAGAGUGUGUAAGUGAGAGCGAGGAGUGGGGGGAUUUCCCAUUCACUGAUUCACUCCCCAAAUGGCUGGGCCUGUUCCAGGCUGGAACCAGGAGCCAGGAACUCCAUCUGGGUCUCCAACAUGGGUGGCGGGAGACCAAGGACUUGGGCCAUCCUCUGCUGCUUUCCCAGGUGCAUUCGCAGGGAGCUGGAUGGGAAGUGGAGCAGCUGAGACUUGAACAGGAACGCUGGUAUGGAAUGCCAGUGUCAGAGGCAGCGGCUUAGCCUGCUGCACCUGCAGCACCAACCUCCAGAGGCUGUGGCUUUAACCACGCUCUGCUAAUUGAGAAAACUGUGCGUCUGUCAAGCAAGCAGCUUCCUUCUCCACAAGGUCCAGCCUCUUUGGGUGAAAACAAACAGUGGCGGAGGAGGGGACGAGGAUGGUCUCUGCGCCUGUGUGAAAUUGCUGGCAGAGGAAUGGGGAGGGAGGUGACUUUGCAGUGUCGCUGUCGUGUUCGGAGCAGAGUGACACCUGUGCUGUAAGGGUGACCCAGGCUUUGGGAGGGGGUGAGCUGCAGCAGCUCCCUUGGCAUAGAUCACUCGCGGCCGCACUGAUGCCCACGGUGCUGCUGAGUCUGCAAAGACACUGCCGGGUUACCCACGGGCGACCCGAGGUGUCACAGUGGGGUUCUGGCACUUUACCCCUUGCCCUCAGCCGUCACAGGGCCAUGCCCCGCUGCCAUCCCCAGCUGCCCCUCACAUAAUACGCGCUCUCUCUCUCUGUUUCUCUGCAACUGCAUUCUCCAAUACCUCCCUGAUUUUAGCUUACAGUUUACUUUUAUCACCAAACACACCAAGCAAUGCUAACUGCUAAAAAAAGCACUUUAAGGCCAAGAUCAAAUCCAUGAGUAGCUCUCAAGGGCAGCUGAGGGAAAGGCUCAAGGCAGCCGCGGUGACAGUCAGGCUUUGGUAAGAGUAGCAGCCGUCAAUCUUUCCUUAAGACUCAUCCUGUGGGGGCUGGCGCUGUGGCACAGCAGGUUAAGCCUCUGCCUGAGGUGCCGGCAUCCCAUGUGGGCACCAGUUCAAGUCCCGGCUGGUCCUUUUCUAAUCCAGCUGCCUGAUAAUGCACCUGGGAAAGUAGUGGAAGAUGGUCCAAGUGCUUAGGCCCCUGCACCCACAUGGGAGACCUGGAAGAAGCUCCUGGCUCCUGGUUUCAGAUCAGCCCAGCUCCGGCCAUUGUAACCAUUUGGGGAUUGAACCAGUAGAAGGAAGAUUCUCUCUCUCUCUCUCUCUCCCUCUCCCUCUCCCUCUCCCCCUCUCUCCCUUCCUCCCUCCCUCCCUCUCUGGCUCUCCCUCUCUCUGUACCUCUGCCUCUCAAAUAAAUAAUAAAUAAAUCUUAAAAAAAAAGAGUCAUCCUAUGACCACCUGCCUCCAUGUGUGUGGCUUCCACCCUCUGGCCCCAAACCGGACACAGCACCUGUCCCCAAGCCCUUGGAGCUGGAAGGAGGCACUGCUCCUUAGCCUGGCUGUAGCAGGUGCAGGGAAACGUGUGCAGGAGACCCAUGGGAACUGCCCCUCCAGCAGGGCCCCGGGACAGGUUGCCGCUUGCUACCUGGGGCACAAGUCUUGAGCAGGUUUCCAGCUCAAGACGUCCUCACCCUAGUGGGCCUGUUGGAAUCAGCCUCACGGUGGAGAGACGUGGCUUGGCUGCUUGCUGUCACGGAGAUGGGACAGAGGCAACAGGGAAGUUCAGGUUUGGGAACUUAGCAUCCAGGAGAGAGAAGCGCUGGGUAUGCUCUCUGCAGGGGGAGAUCGCUCUCCUGUAAUAACGGCUGUUAGGCUGCAGAAUGUAAAUAACGGGAGAGUUUAAAUGGGAUAUUUGACAACGCUGAAAUCCUCCGGAGCGUGCAUUGAAUUUUUAUGUGUAAAAAAAGCUUUAUAUUUAAACAGAAAGCCUCUAAAGCUAAAGCAAAAAAAAAAAAAAAAAAACCAAAACAAAACAAAAAAACACCUCCUUUGUAUCGCUUAGUAGGGGAAAUAUUUUCCCUGUUCUUCACAGUUGGAAAUGAUAGACACCGUCUCCUGUUUGGGGGUGUGUGGGGGGACUUCAGAUGAUUACUGAAGGCAAUUUGCUUCUCAAAUGACAGGAUUGGCAAACUGCCCGUUCUCACAUUGUCCCGCCAGCUGAUGAGGUUGCCUGGCGUGGUGAGUGGGUUCUCCCGCCUGGGCGGAGGGGCGAGGGCUGCGGCGCUUCAGCAGCUACAGGAACGUUCCAGACUGUGGCGGGGGUCCGGCGCGGGGUGGGGGGAGACCAGGAUGGCUGGAAUGUAGGGGUCAGGCAAACUCAGGGCUUCGGGAAAGGUAGGAGUUUUCAGAAAUAUCCUUAGCAGCCGGAUGCCAGGCUAAGGAAGAAAAGUUGAAAAGGGAACUUCUUUGUGUCACCCAAACUGGAGACAGCCUGGGAGACACCCGCCUAUGAUCCAGAGAGGCUUGGGUGCCAGGAUUCUGCCUCUCCACUCUGGGUGCUUACAGAGGGCCCCUGCUGCCCCACCCACCCUCUGAGUGUGUCCAAAACGCCACCAAGGGGAUCCCGGCUUCUCUGCGGAACACAGAGCAGGGAGGUCCGCUUGGUUGGAUCGCAACAGUCUGUGUCAAGCCCUUUUAAGAAAGGUGGUGCUGGGGGAACCUUCUGGUUCCUGGCCCUGCUGGCCUGCCGGGAAACCGCGGGACACCUGUCCCAUCCUGAGACAGGAAACAUGGCAGAUUUCUGGUCCCAUCGCCAGCGUGGUCAUGUUCACGGAAGCUGGCACUUGGGAGUUACAGGGGGACUGCUGGGUGUCGCUCCCCCUCUUCGUGGAGGAACGACACAGGACCCUG